AGCCUGCUGGGCUCCCACUACGACAAGUACGAGAUCACCUACACCGACUUCGACAACAGCUUCCCCCCCUCCAUCUUCGACCUCCCCAUCAACGAGACGAAGAAAUGCGGGGUCCUGCCGGACAACGCGGCGGAGCACCGGGUGCUGGCCAACCCCAUGGAGGACCUGGUGGGACGGCACCAGCCCUGGGCCCAUGAGGUUUUCCACCAGUACCGCCGGCGGCUGGGCCGGCGCUACGGCUCGGCGCGGGAGCUGGAGCACAGCCCCUCACCCCCUACCCCGCUGUCCCCAGGCGCUGUGACCCCCGUGAAGGACCAGGCCGUCUGCGGGUCCUGCUGGAGCUUUGCCACGACAGGCGCGAUGGAGGGGGGCCUCUUCCUCAAGGGGUGACCUGGCGUGCUGCCCCCCCUGUCCCAACAAGUCCUCAUCGACUGCUCCUGGGGCUUCGGGAAUUACGCCUGUGAUGGGGGUGAGGAGUGGCGAGCCUACGAGUGGAUCAAGAAACACGGUGGCAUCGCCACCACCGAGUCCUACGGCACCUACAAGGGGCAGAAUGGCUUGUGCCACUACAACCAGUCCGAGAUGUUGGCCAAGAUCACGGGCUACGUCAACGUCACCUCGGGCAACAUCACGGCGGUCAAAACUGCCAUCUACAAGCACGGCCCCGUGGCCGUCAGCAUCGAUGCCUCACACAAGACCUUCUCCUUCUACUCCAACGGCAUCUACUACGAGCCCAAGUGCGAGAACAAGCCGGGACCCCUGGCCCACGCGGUGCUGGCCGUGGGCUACGGGGUCCUGCAGGGAGAGACCUAUUGGCUCAUCAAGAACUCCUGGUCCACAUAUUGGGGCAACGAUGGCUACAUCCUCAUGGCCAUGAAGGACAACAACUGCGGCGUGGCCACCGAAGCCACCUACCCCAUCCUGGCCUGAGCCACUCCUUGGCUCUGCCGAAGAGCCCUGGGUGAUGCUCCCAGCACCCAUCCCUGGAUCAGAGCCUUCCGUGUGACACGUCAUGCAGGAGGGAGUAGGGGACAUGGUGGGACAGGGCCAUGGGGUGCUGGACAAAGGGCUGGAUGGGGACCCAGCCAUGAGUUUGCCAAUAAAGACCCCGGCAAAA